UCCUUUCAACUUGUGGCAGUCAUAUUUCCUAUCUUUCUCAUUGGAUCAGCUGUCAUCGCUUACGAUUUCUACAAUAAUGAACUCAUGGAUAGAUUUCGAAUGGUGCGAAGGCUUUCCAGCGACAUAGAAGAGAUAGGGAUCUAUGCCAUCAUACCUGGAACCGCACUCUUGAUAGUGGUUGCCGUUCUACUUCGGUUACACCAGUUACGACUAAUGAGGAUCUAUCAGGACAGAGUAACUGGAGAAACAUAUAUAGCCAUUUGUUCCAAAAAUGUGGUCCGGAAGCGGCAGAUCCCAUUUGAUCGUAGUUGUGCCUCAGCAUGUUAUUUUUCAUACGAGCAGACGUACUUGAGCGACCUACUGGUGCAACUUUUAAUAGGAAAUAUGCAGAUAAGGAAACGGCGGUUUUUUGUUUCUGAUGAUGCAUUUCGUGGAAAUAACUACCGAACAUUUAUGCUAAACGAGACAAGCACACCCCCACGGCUGUGA